AGGUUUUAAUUACAGGGAAAGGAUUUGAAGUGAGGCAACAGUUUUAUUAUAAGCCUCCCACUCAAACCCUAUCAAAACACCCUUUCGCCCCACCCCUUUCAAUCUAGGGUUUUAUCUAAGGUUUUAGCUUGCUCUUCCCCUUUCAAUUUCUGGAAAAUCAUCCACGAGUGCUAACGUUAACAUGUCCGAUCUCGGCGGUGUUAUUAACGAGUUAGCUCGAGCUGAUCUCCUGAACGAUCUCAAGAAUAAACUUCAGAAUCUUUCUCGACACCACACCGAGAUGCUGGAAAGACUAUCUCCGGAUGUCAAGAAGCGUGUGGAAGUUCUCAGAGAGAUCCAGGGCCAGCAUGAUGAGUUAGAGGCUAAGUUUUUUGAGGAGAGAGCAGCACUUGAAGCUAAAUACCAGAAACUAUAUCAGCCCUUAUAUGCCAAGCGAUAUGAUAUUGUGAAUGGUGUUGGUGAAGCCAAUGGAACUACUGAUGAAGCUGCCAUGGACCAAGGAGAGGAUAAAGCUGCCGAAGAGAAAGGAGUACCUGAUUUUUGGCUUAAUGCAAUGAAAAAUAAUGAAGUGCUCUCUGAAGAGAUCACCGAGCGUGAUGAAGGGCCUCUCAAAUACCUCAGGGAUAUUAAGUGGUAUAGGAUAGAGGAACCCAAAGGAUUCAAGCUUGAGUUUUACUUUGAUACUAAUCCGUAUUUCAAAAAUACCGUGUUGACAAAGACAUAUCACAUGAUUGAUGAAGAUGAACCUAUACUAGAGAAAGCUAUUGGGACGGAGAUUGAAUGGUAUCCAGGAAAAUGCUUAACACAAAAGCUCCUUAAAAAGAAGCCUAAGAAGGGUUCAAAGAAUGCCAAGCAAAUCACUAAAACUGAAGAUUGUGAAAGUUUCUUCAACUUCUUCAAUCCUCCCCAAGUUCCUGAUGAUGAUGAAGACAUCGAUGAAGAUGCUGCUGAGGAGCUACAAAAUCAAAUGGAACAGGAUUAUGACAUUGGGUCAACAAUUCGAGACAAGAUUAUUCCACAUGCUGUGUCAUGGUUUACGGGAGAGGCUAUUCAGGGAGAUGAGCUUGAGUUGGAUGAUGAGGAUGAAGAUGAAAUUGAUGAAGAUGAUGACGAUGAAGAUGAGGAGGAUGACGAUGAUGACGAUGAUGAUGAAGAAGAAGAAGAAGAAACUAAGACUAAAAAGAAGAGGAAUGGAAGAGCACAAGGAGAUGGGCAGCAAGGUGAGAGGCCUCCAGAAUGCAAGCAGCAGUAGAUUGUAAUGGCUGCACACUAUAUAGAGAUGUUUGAUUGGAAGGCAAGGUGGGGGGAGUGUGGGGUUUGCAGUUUUGGUGGGUUAUAUUUAUUUUUACAAUUUUUUUACGUCAUUCCAUGCAUGAUUGGUUUGGAGAAAAUCCUUUUUCCCUUUUUUAUUGGGUCUGGUCUGUGGGUUUGAUAGGAACCCUGGUCUGUUAGUUGAAAUGUGUUAAAGAAUUUUAUUUUACGUGAAUUUUUCCCUUAAAA